UGACCACCAAGACGCCGUGUUUACCCUCGCAAUAUUUUCAGUUGGUUGUAGUUGAUAUCGGUUUAAUUGCACAGCCCAAUUUUCGAAGUUAGAUUCGUUUCGCUAACGUUUAGUUUGGAUCGCGGGUUGGAAAAAACCUUCCUCACCCUACAUUUUGGCGCCCAACGUGGGGCAGUGCUUUAAAUUCAGAUUAUUGCUCGCGUUGAAAUUAAUCUUGUUAAAAUUAAUUUAAUGUAAUAAAGUUUUAACGCGUCUAUUAUAAAAAUAACUUUUCGUGUUUCGCUCUUGGUGGUCAUCAUUUGGCUCGCGCACCAUCAACUUCAUCAUCAUCGCUGGAGGACCUCACCGUUGGCUACCACCGUUGGACAUCAUAGCAGUCCCAUUUGUUCGCAAAAUUGUACAAGGUCGGAGAACGGUCAUUGGAUCAAGUGCCGCUCAGACCGCCGCUCGGUCAUACGCUGAGCGUUCACACUUCAUUUGCACACUUGCUCCCCUGCCACCGUCAACACUUGUCGUUGCUGCCUUCGUCGCUACGCGAAGACUGCUCUGCUCAUACUUGCUUCGCUACCGUCGCUGCUGCUCGCUAAUUAACUGCCUCUACACACUUCUAACACGCUAACGCGCACACUUGCAAAUACGCCGACGCGCGCUUUCUCUCAUUUGAUCACGCAUUGUAUUGCUGUCGCUGCCAUCAUUAGUCGUUGCUGCUAUUUCGUUGGCGUGUGCUAGCCCUUCGUUGUCGCACACCUUCGCUUCGCCACCGCUCAUUACGCUAGCGCUCACUCGCACUUCGCUGUCGCCACUACAUUUUUUAUAUCUGUCCGCACAACGCUCACUUAGUUUUUGCUGCCUAACUUUCGUCGCUACCCAGCGAACAUUUGAAAGGGGUUUUCUGCCAUUUAUCAUUUCUCAAUCUUUCGUCGCAACAAAGGUAAUCUAAACCCUUUCUUGGAGUCUACUCAUGACUUUGAACUGUUGAAAGUUGGCGGACGACUUGAAUUGGCAGAUCUUCCAGAAAGCAGAAAGCACCCUAUUUUAUUACCUAGCAAAUGUGAAUUCGUCACGCGAUAUGUUCGACAUCUACACAUCAAAAACUAUCACGCCGGCCCGAAGGCGCUGGUGGGUUUAAUUCGUCUUCAGUUUUGGGUAAUUAAUGCACGCGAUAUUGCUAGACGCAUCGUCAGAUCAUGUAUACAUUGCAUUCGAUACAAGCCAAAACUACUCCCACACAUGAUGGGCAAUCUGCCUGUUGAACGCUUGACACCAUCGCGCCCGUUCGCCCGCUGCGGCAUCGAUUUUUGCGGACCGAUUAGCGUUUACCUUCGCAUUAGGGGCAAGGCUCCCUAUAAAGCCUACAUCGCCAUCUUCGUGUGCUUUGCUACAAAGGCAGUACACAUCGAAGUCGUCUCUGACUUAACCACGGAUGCAUUUUUAGCUUCGCUAAAGCGAAUGAUUGGAAGGAGAGGCCUUCCAACAGACAUCUUCUGCGACAAUGCAACUAACUUUGUCGGCGCGUGCAGCAAACUUGCGGAAUUGAAAGCGUUCCUUUUCAAGAAAGAGAACCAAAAUGUCAUCACCAAUUUUUGUACUAAUGAAUUUGUGAAUUUUCAUUUGAUUCCCCCCAGAGCACCUCAUUUCGGCGGCAUUUGGGAAGCCGCAGUUAAAUCAGCCAAGGGUCAUCUAAACCGCAGCAUCAUGAACGCCAGACUUACGUAUGAGGAGCUGACGACAGUACUAGUGGAAAUAGAAGCUGUUCUUAAUUCGCGGCCUAUCUCUCCACUCUCAUCUGACCCCAGCGAUUACGAGGCGUUGACUCCAGGGCAUUUCAUAACCGGCAGUGCGUUAAAAUCUCUACCGGAGCGAGCAAUAGCAAACAACAUCAACCUCGUCAACAAAUGGACUCAAAUCACCGCCAUCAAGCGCGAACAAAGUGGACCACUGACCAUGCAAACAUUGCAAAGGACGCUAUGGUUCUCAUCCAUGAGGACAAUGUGCCGCCACAGCGAUGGCAAAUUGGACGUGUUACAGAGGCCAUACCUGGAAAAGAUGCUCGAGUUAGAGUGGUCGACAUAUGCACCUCGAAGGGAAUCAUUCGCCGCCCUAUCCACAAAAUUGCAGUUUUACCAAUUUGAAAGUCCUUUCAACGGGGCCGGGAUGUUGGGUCACCUAACGACACACCCUGCAAGUUGGCGUAGGUCAAGA